GGUGUGAAGAGAAAUUAAAUCUUUUAAAACCCCCCAAAACUAAACUUCCUGCAACUCAUUUCCUUCACAGGCUGCAACUCCUKCUGGAAAGAAUUUUGAGCAGAAUGAGAAGGUCUCCUAAUUCCCUCGUUUUCAUUUGUUUCACUAUUUUCUUUCAUGCGUUGGUAGUUAAAGCAGAAAAUCCUCUGGCACCAGCUUUGUACGUGUUCGGAGACUCUCUUCUCGACAGUGGCAACAAUAAUCUUCUACCAACGAUUGCCAAAGCGAAUUACCUGCCAUAUGGGAUAGACUUCGCCAGUGGGGUCACGGGGAGAUUCACCAAUGGCAAAACAGUCGCAGAUUACAUUGCUGAACAACUUGGGCUACCAUUUGCUCCUCCAGCCUUGAGCCAGUUCAAGUCUGAUAUCAUAACUGGCCGGAAUUAUGCGUCUGGAUCAUGUGGCAUUCUCCCGGAGACUGGAAGCCAAUUUGGUAAGUGCCUCAACCUAGAUGAUCAGAUCGACUUGUUCCAAAAGACUAUAGAGAUGGAGCUGCAACCACACUUGGGCAGUUCCAAGGAGCUGUCAGACUACCUUUCCAAGUCCAUCUUUGUUAUCGCUAUUGGAAACAAUGACUACAUCUCCAACUACCUUGAACCUAAUCUUUUUAAUACCAGCGAAACGUACACUCCUCAAGCAUUUGCUCAACUACUCGGAGGCAGAUUUUCUCAAGGCAUGGAGAGGCUUUACAAAUUGGGGGCCAGGAAGAUUCUAGUGUUUGAGAUUGGUACGAUUGGGUGCAUGCCAACAUUUGCAAGGAAACAACAACACGAAGGACCAUGUGUUGAAGAACUAAACCAGCUUGUAUCACUUUUCAAUGAUGGGCUUCCUACAAUGCUGAAACAAUUGACAACUUCGCUUCAAGGCUCCACCUUUACAGUGGGACAAAGUUCGAAGCUUGGAUAUGAAAUGAUCACAAAUCCUUCAAGAUAUGGGCUGACAGAUGUAACAGACCCAUGCUGCAUUGCGGGGAGCGAUGGAACUUGGCCCUGCGUUCCAGGUUUUGUUUCGUGCUUCGACGUGCGCAAACAUGCCUUCUGGGAUGCUUUUCACCUCACUGAAAUUAUAUAUUCAACAAUCGGGACCCGUUGCUUUAAUGAUUCUUCUGUCUGUUCUCCAACCAUCCAGCAGCUCGUGCAAGUUUGAAAUGCAACAAUUAAAGGAGGAUUCCUCCUCUCUUUCUCUUCUAUCUAUC